AUGGCCCACUCCGUCCUUGUCGUCGGCGCCACAGGCAAACAGGGCGCCGCCGUCGUCAAGUCCCUGCUCCAGAGCGAAGACGCGAGCCUCGUCGUGCACGCCUUGACCCGUGAUGCGUCGACACCCCGGGCCCAGGCUCUGGCUGCGUCCGACCCGCGUCUUCGCCUCGUCCAGGGCGACCAGCUCAAGCCCGACGCCAUCUUCGCCCAGCUGCCGGAGGGAUCCAUUUCGGCCCUCUUCUUGAUCACCGUCCCGCCCAAGGAAGAGCCCCAGGCCAUUCCGUUUAUCGACACCGCGCUCGCCCACGGCGUCCGCCACAUUGUCUACUCGAGCGUCGACCGCGGCGGCGACGAGCGCUCGUGGUCGAACCCCACACAAAUCAAGCACUUUGCCGAGAAGCUCACCAUUGAGCUGCAUCUGCGCGACGCGGCCAAGAACGCGACGCAGGCGGGUCCCAGUAACAACAACAAACAAGUGACGUGGACCAUCCUGCGCCCCGUCGCCUUCAUGGACAACUACAACCCAGGCUACUUUGUGGCCGGCGCCUUUGUGAGCAUGCUGUCCAUCACGAUGAAGCCGUCCACCAAGCUGCAGCUCGUCGCCACCAGCGACAUUGGUCGCUGGGCCGCCAAGUCCAUCGAGGCCGCCCUCGCCGACCAGGCCGACGGCACCGCCGUCUCGCCCUACGCCAACCGGGCCAUUGGCCUGGCCGGCGACAACCUGACGCUGGGCGAGGCCCGCGCCAUCUUCCAGCGCGUGGUCGGCCACCCGACGCCCUGGGCUCUGUGGAUCGUGGGCAGGCUGGUCUUGCUGCUGGUGCCCGACCUCAAGACCAUGUUUACGUGGUUCGACGAGGAGGGCUACGGCGUGGACAUUGCCGCGCGCCAGGGCGAGGCGCCGGGCGUGUCGUCCUUUGAGACGUGGCUGCGCAACGAAUCGCAAUGGAAGAUUGAGUAG